GUUCCACCUGCAAUUGCUCAAUUCCAAAACACUUUGGAUAAGAACACUGCAGCCCAAACUUUCAAGUUAUUUAACAAGUACAGACCAGAAACCGCCUCCGAAAAGAAGGAAAGAUUGACCAAGGAAGCCGCAGCUGUUGCUGAAGGUAAGUCUGCUAAAGACGCCUCUCCAAAGCCAGUUGUCGUCAAGUACGGUUUGAACCACGUUGUUUCCUUGAUUGAAAACAAGAAGGCCAAACUCGUCUUGAUUGCUAACGACGUCGACCCAAUUGAAUUGGUCAUCUUCUUACCUGCUUUAUGUAGAAAGAUGGGUGUCCCAUACGCCAUUGUCAAGGGUAAGGCCAGAUUAGGUACUUUAGUCCACAAAAAGACCUCUUCUGUUGCUGCUUUGACCGAAGUCACUUCUGCUGACGAAUCUGAAUUAGCCAAGUUAGUUUCUACUAUCAACGCUAACUUCAUCGAAAAGUACGAAGACUCCAAGAGACACUGGGGUGGUGGUAUCAUGGGUUCCAAGGCCAACGACAAGAUCGCUAAAAAAGCCAAGGCUUUAGAAGUUGAUCCUACAGUUCGUGCUUAA